AUGACAGUGUAUUGUUAUUUGCGUGACUACAAAUCAAGUGGCUAUCUAUUCAGAUUACAUAUUGCUGAUAUACUAUUAUGUAAGUUUGAAAAUGAACAAAAAGCCAUAGUUACCUACCUUGCGUACAUAUGCACAUGUUUUCAAAAGUUGCAGGAAUUUAAUGGCAGUUGUAAAGAAUGGAUUGAUGAACAUACUAACAAUAAUUCUCAGGAGGACUUCUGGAAGGAUAUUGAAUACAGAAUAGCUAAAAUCAUAUCCGAUCUUAUGAAAAAUACUACAGAUAAUACAAUGACUGAAAGUAUUAAUAAAUACUUGGAUGGAGAAAGAAUAAUAACACAGGAAGGUUCAGUUAAAUGUCUAUUUGCAUUUGAUGAAGCUCGUACUCUGAUUAAUAAGAAGGUUGAAAAGGAAAUCUUGUUCUUUCAUGUUCGUCAUGCUUUAAAACUUCUACCGAAAAAGAUAGGAAUUUUUGCAACCUUUACAGAUACUCACUCAAAUAUUUCAAACUUCUCACCUGUUUCUUACCUUGAUCCAUCAAAAAGGGUUGCAGAAAGAGGAUCUCAAUUAUUUGAACCAUUUUAUUUGUUAGACACUGUAGAUAUGAAUACCAUUUUUAAAAAAGUACGAACGCUGAAAGAGUUUGAAGAUCCACACCAUUUCUUUCAAUAUGGAAGACCUUUGUGGGAUGCACUAUUAUCAUUUAGUGGUACUGAAGGAUUCAAACCAGAACGUAUUAUUGAAUUGGCCAUGAACAAGCUUAUUGGUGGGAAGUCUUUCAUUCUUUGGAAAAAAGAAACCCAAAACAAAAUUACUGUUGUGGAAACUUUGGCUAUUUUUGGGCCUCAUUUAUGUAUUGACAUAGUGCUACAAUCUAGAUAUGCAUCUCAUUUAAUAGCAAGCUAUAUGCACCUUUGUCUUGAUAUUUCAGAAAAUCGUGAAUGCAUUAUUAUAUCAAUGCCUACUGAACCUGUGCUGGCAGAGGCAGCUGCUCAGAUAAUGAAUGAUCCAAAUGUCAACCUCACAGAACUUAUUAAUCAGCUCUCUUCAGCACUCAAGAAAGGUGUAGUAGAGGCUGGUUACCGUGGAGAACUUGCUGCCAGACUAUUGCUUCUUAAAGCUUAG